AUGUACGCAGAUCUCUCACCCGACUACCCUAACGUCGUUCCCUUUUACUACUUCAGCAUCGUCGUCCCUGCCUCUGCGCAGUCAACCCACUACAGCACCGAGACUCCCACCAUCACUCCCAUGUCCGAGUACUUGGCCCAGACUCCGGCCGACCCCAUCAAUCCUCUACUGGCCUACCGCCAUUCACCCUCAGAGUCCAUGUCUGCUCCAUCCGACGCCUCGCGUCUGCUCCAGCUCCAAACAUCAGCUGCCCAUCCACGAACUCUGCAACACUCGGACAGCUCCUCCCGCUCCCUGGGCUCUUCCUCGCCCAACUCCUCGCCGCCCAACUCCAGGUCCUCCUCCACAGAUUCAGGGACUUCUUCUCACCGCGGCAGCAUGCCAUCUCCUUCGGUCCUUGCCUGUUGCCGCUGCCGUCGUGAGUCCCUCAUGGGAAUGAUCCAGUUCAGCACCAACACCUACUACUGCAGCCACUGCGCCAGGAUGGUCGGCUACAGCGCCGGAUGAACACGACCUCAACCGUACUUGGCUACUUUAUUGUCUGCAAAUUCUUCACCACCACAUCAGCCCGCCGCCCAGUCUCUACCAUGAGCAGGUCCUGGCUUGGCUUCUACAGACACCAUCUGUCAUCACCGUACCGAGGAAAUGGCCUUGUUUGACGUCUCGCCAACGCUUACCGAGUCGUUAUGGAUUCAAAGGUCGCCAGUGACUAGCCUGGAGCAAACGUCACAGCUUGCGGAAGAAGUUGGCAAAGGGAGAGGAGGAGGGAUCAUGGAGGUUGUGUCCGUGCAGUGCACGUUUGAGCAGUAUCAGAAGCUGGUCUUCGCACAUGUGCGCUGAGCGCCUGGACCAGCUGGCCUGAUGAUGACUUGGAACCAUGAUACCCCCUUCGUAGCCAAACUUUGUAUACUAGACACUCCAUGCUUUUUUGCGCAUGAGGAGCAAAUCAAUUCAUUACUUCACAACC